CGCUGAACCUUCGCGCAGCCGGCGGAACCUCGGCUUUGCCCAUUAGCAAGAGGCUUACCUCGCCCGCCCUCUCGGGUCCGAUGGGCCCUGGAGGGUGGGUGGGGGGCUGCUGAGCCGGAGCCGCUUGCCCUCCCUCCGACAUUGCCUCUUUUCAGGAAGUCUGAAUUUGACUCAGGAGAUCCCAGUGACUUGCAUCUUGACUCAGAGAUGGAGGAACCCGAUUCAUCUAAACAGCAGCUGCACAGACAGGAGGGACUGAGCAACAUCAAGACACAAUUGGUUGAACAGAGUCUCAUUUCAUCUGAGAAGUGGCUUCAACUGCAUGGACUUAAGAGCAACAAAUUGACCUUGAACCAGAUUCUGUCGAAGAUUGGAUUUCCACACUGUGAAGAUUAUGUGGCUUCUCUGAGGAGACCCGUGGCUUCUCGGUAUGCCGUUGGCCUGUUUCCGCAGUUCUACCGAGCAGAAGAUGGCAGAGUGUACAACCUGACGGCUAAAUCGGAACUGAUCGAGCGGUUCGCGGAGUCCUUAGAACAAGCCCUGGAGAGCUGCAGGCGGCGCAUGGACUGGCUCACCAGCGGAAGCCGGCAGAUUUUCGGGGUCAUCCUGGAACAGUGCAUCACCUUCGUGCUGGAUUUGGGCGACCUUCUGGAGGGCGAGCUUCCUCUGUGCCGAGAGGCUCUGACCAUGGUCCUGCGGGAGCAGGUGGCUCAGGUCGCCAGGUUCAAUUUCAUAUGGGUUACUCAGGAGCCUGUGAAAUGGCAAGAACASGCCAUCCCGGUGACCCCACAGUGCAUAGCCGCGGCCUCGUGCUGGGUCCAGGAGCUGCGUUUUGAGCUGACCACGUCGAGCGCCAUCUGCCGCCUAGACKCUCUGCUGGAAGCUGGGAACGACGAGACUAUUGAGUCCAUUUACUACUUCGUGGUGGGGGACAUUCCGGCGGAGUCCAGGGAGCUUCUCCUCCAGAGGGCUUUGGRCAUCCCACAUCCUGUGCACACAGUGUCCUUCAACGCCAGAGGAGAAGGCAUGGUAGCUUUCCUGAAGGAGCUGAGCGCCAAGACCCACGGCAGGUUCCACGCGUUUGCCGAGAGGACAGAGUGCAUGGAAUUGCCAGCUUUCCCCACAGAGGCUGGUGACAACGUGAUCACUUGGAAUUCAAGAAAGCUGAGAGGAAAACUUCCCCCAGGGGCUGGAGUCAGAGAAGAUGUGUUUCUCAUUUGGAAGGAGAUGGAGGAGGCCUUCAGAACCCUGGCCCAGGUCCAGAGGCUGCUGGUCGAGCUCCCCAAGUCCAGCACGGCCCCGACAGACUGCGAGUCAGGAGUGGAGAGUGAGUCGAAUCCAGAAGACACCUGGGACUCCAAGAAGUGGCUCCAAAAAUAUGGUCUGAAGGCCCAGAAGCUGUCGUUUUACCACGUCCUUGCGGACUGCUCCUUCCGCCAUGCUGAUGGAGUCAUUGAGAUAAAAGCCAAACCGGAGAACGAGUCCCUGCAGACCAGUGCGGAGAGCAAGAAGAAGACAGUCCAUGCAAAAUACUGCAACAAGUUCAUCCACGCUGCCUGGAAGGAUGGGAGCUUGGUCCACGUCAACAUCACCAAGGAGAAGUUCAGGUGGUACAGUGACAGAGUCCACACAGUGCUGGCCCGGAUCCGGAGGAGGAUUAAAUGGCUAGAGGACGGGAGCCAGAUCCUCUUUGGAAAGGUGCGUGAGGAUUGCGUCUACGUCCUCAUCGAUACGUCUCACUCCAUGAAGAGCAAACUGGACUUGGUGAAGGACAAGAUCAUUCAACUUAUACAGGAACAGCUGAAAUACAAAAGUAAAUUCAAUUUUGUGACUUUUGAUGGUCAGGCAGUUGCUUGGCRGGAAAAACUUGCUGAAAUCAACGAAGAUAAUUUGAAAGCAGCUCAGUCCUGGAUUAGAGACAUUCAGGUUGGAAGCUCCACGAACACCCUGGAUGCCCUACGGAUUGCUUUUGCUGAUCAAGAAACACAAGUGAUCUACCUUCUGACGGACGGCAGACCUGAUCAGCCACCUGAGACGGUGAUAGAACRCGUCAAAGUUUUCCAGAAAAUUCCUAUUUACACCAUUUCCUUCAAUUACAAUGACAAGAUGGCGAAUGAAUUUUUGCAAGAGCUUGCUUCUUUGACRGGAGGAGAGUUUCAUUCUUAUAAAUUUGGUGGCAAGGAUCCCAUUCCUCAGGAGGCUCUUCAGAAUGAAGAUGUGAUUCUUUUGGUUCAGGAGAUGGAGCAGGGCUACAGUGACCUGGAGAAGGUGCAAAGCCUUUAUUCCAAGUCCUUGAUCAUGGACUGGUGGUACCACGGAGAGAAGGAAGAAAGCAAGCAUCAAAAGGAAAUCUCUUCUAUGGUUGCAACCCCAGAAAAAUGUGCUAAAACUCAAUCUGAUGUUGAAUCAACGCAAAUCUCACYCUUCAAUAUAUUGAAAGUACCCCGGGACCUCUCAAGUCAGCAGAAGAGGAAAGGCCUCCAUGCAGAAUCAACCAAAACCAGCCUGCUCAGAAGCCAGAUGUCCGCCCUCAAGAGCCCACCUUGCRGUGAGAGAAAGGACUGUCUCUCCAAAUCCAGCAGCUGGACCCUUUCUCUGAGUGACAGAGAGGUGAGCAUCCUGCUGACGAAUGAGUAUCCGGCCGACGGAUCRUCAGCUAGAUGGACGGGAGAAGGAAGCCAAGUCUACGAUGACAACCUUUCAGAGGUGUCCUCAGAGAGCUGGCUUCAGAUCCACGGCCUGGUGGCCAGGAAGCUCACCAUCAUGGACGCCUUGUCAGGGACCAUGGUGCCCCACAGCCCCACCUACGUUCCCAUCUUGGACAAGCAUGUCUCCUCCAAGGUCUUUGAUGAGGUAUUUCCUCUGGCACACGUGUGCAACGACACGAAUAAGAUGACACUGAUCAAUCCCCAAGGAGUCAAACUCAAUAUCUACAAGCAGAAAGUGGAGCAGGCCAUUAAAUCCUAUGAAAAGCGCUUGAAUAAAAUCGUUUGGCAAGCAUUAUCUCAAGAGGAAAAACAAAAGUUAGAUGCAAACAAACCAAUACGAUACUUGGAAAACAAGACGGCUUUAAACAAGGCAUUGGAACGGUUGAAUUGGCCCAUUUCAUUGAAAGAACUGUCGAUGCUGGAGAAUGAGAUCCUGGCUGGAAAAAUGUACAUCCAGCAGGCCAUGGAGCUGCAGGGGGCGGCCAAGAAGAGCUGCAUAAGCAAGUCACUGKUUGAGAAACCUCAAGGAAAUCCUACAAAGAAAACCAAACCAAAAAAAGUAGAUCCCCUGAAAGGCCAGAAGGUUAUUGCAAGAUGUGAUGAAAAUGGCUUUUAUUUUCCAGGGAUUGUGAAGAAGUGCUUGAACCCCACCCACGCACUGGUGGGCUUCAAGUAUGGAGACACCAAGGUCGUUCCCACCUCCUUCAUCACUCCCAUCGGAGGCGCCAUGCCCUGCCCGCUGCUGCAGGUUGGAGAUUACGUGUUUGCCAAAAUUGUGAUCCCCAAAGGAUUUGACUUCUAUGUCCCUGCCAUUGUCACAGCACUUCCAAAUCCAGAUUCAAACUCAGAAAAAUUCUACACAGUUUUAAAGUGUAACAACCGUAGAGAAUUCUGCCCUCGGAGUGCACUCAUAAAGAUCAGCCAAAACAAAUAUGCUCUCUCUUGCUCUCAUAUAAUUUCACCCCCACUUCAGGAAAAUCCAAAAGGGAAAGACGCAGAGGCCAGGGAAUCUACCUUCGUCCUCUGCCCACUGAAAGAAGCUGACUCGGGGGAUUUAAAAGAGCCCAAACAGGAGAACCCAAGAAGGAAGAAGAAGAAACCUGCUAAGAGGCCGCCUCUGGAGGAGGUGGUGUCUUCAGAUUCGGAUGACUCUUCCCGUGGCACCAGAGAAGGCCCGAGGCCCGAGGCCUAGGACUCAGCCGGCCAUCGCUGCCACUUGUCCACCUCCAGCAGCCGCGCCCUGUCCUCUCCAAGGCACACAGCAGCAAAGGGCUGAGGACCACCGCUGAGAAGCCUUAAAAAAUAGUCUAGUGGCAACUAGGUUUAAGAGAGCCAGGAUUCCCUCCAGGCAGCCCAAGCCUCCGCCACUGGACACUAUGAAGCGCCCCUCACUGAGGUAAGGCCGCCGUCUUCCCCCCGAGCCUUCCCUGUGUGUAGCAGAGGCCCAGCGCGCGCCCCUCUCCUUCCCCGACUCCCCCACCUGUUGGAGCGUCUGGGUUCCCACCUUUCCUCCCCAUUGUUCAUCCCAGGGKGUUCCCCGUCUUCACAAAACUCUUCUGGAUUUUCUGGUACAUGGUCACACCCAGAAGUUCUGACCUGACAGAUUAUUGUCAUAGGAUUUUCCAACUGUUCAGCAGUCAGAGCACUUAACCAUCCAAGCCCGCCGCCUCGUUUUAAAGUAUCCUUCCCAUCUGAAUUAGGGACUUUGUCACUCGAGGUUGAGGACUGAAAUUAAGACCUGGUCMCUUGUCUGAGAUCAUCAAGACUGACCAUUCUCCGAGUUAUUGUUUUUCUGAACAUUUCUA